AUGUCCAAGAUCAACUCGACCCUUAUCGGAGCGACCUCCCUGAUCAUUGGAGGUGGCCUUUUUUACAUCCUCUUUAUCAACGAUUAUGUCCAACCACUUCCUGCAACUAGGCUGCGCAGUGAGAUUAGAGCAGAUCGCUUGAAAGCAGAGGCUCAAAAGAAGAAGGACGAAAAACUCGCUGCGGGCAAUGCUCAGCAGUUAUCCGCACUGCCGUUUCAGCAAGAUGGAGACCCGUCAAUUAACUCGUCCGAAGAUACUGCAUGGGGGUCAUUUACUGCAAAUUUUGCCCUCUUUUCAUCUCUUACCAAUCAGUGGAAUGCUGUAGCCGGAAAAUUGGUAGACGCUGUCUUGCCUGAGUGGGCAAAGCUACUCCCGGAAAACAUUAGCAAGCUUCAGCGUGAGCUUUCCAUGGCUCCUGGCUCGUUGGCGGACGACAUCUGGAAAGAAGCACAUGAUCCGUAUAUCAAUCCUGAGAUUGAAUACUCAGCUUCUGUCAGAGUAUCGUCAGAGCUUUGUGACGAGGAGAAGGACUUUUUACAGAAAAGGAAAAAGGUCACAACAAUGGCGCUCGCUAGAUAUCUUGGGAUUCCAACAGAAGAAGUACAUCCUGAUGAUGUGCCUACAAUCGCUAUGGUGGGAUCGGGCGGAGGUUUGAGAGCACUUGUUGCUGGCACCGGGUCACUCCUGGCGUCUGCUGAGGAUGGCCUAUUUGACUGCGUCACCUAUACUGCCGGUGUAUCAGGGAGCUGCUGGCUUCAAUCACUGUUUCAUUCAUCCAUUGGUGGUCGACGACUUGAUAAGAUGGUGGAUCAUUUGAAGGCACGGAUAGGUGUACACAUCGCCUACCCACCUGCUGCGCUUGGUUCUCUUAACCAGGCUCCGACGAAUAAAUUCCUACUGAGCGGUUUUGUCGAAAAACUGAAAGGUGACCCAAACGCUGAAUUCGGCCUGGUUGAUAUAUAUGGUCUUCUUCUAGCAGCAAGACUACUGGUCCCUAAAGGCGAAAUAGGCGUUGAUGACAAGGACCUCAAGAUAUCCAAUCAACGUGAUUUCAUCAAGCACGGGGAACAUCCAAUGCCAAUUUAUACUGCCAUCCGCCACGAAAUACCAAUAGACGAAGAAUCUUCAGAACUGGAAAAGGUGACCCAAACGCCCUCUGAAGAGACCAAAGAGAGGGCUAGGCGGGAGGCGUAUUUCCAAUGGAUGGAAAUAACACCUUAUGAAUUCUUUUGCGAGGAAUUCAACGCUGGUAUUCCCACAUGGUCACUUGGCCGGAAAUUCGAUGGUGGAAAGGACGUUCCAGCGGAUGAGACUGGGGCAUACUUACCGGAAAUUCGGUUGCCCUUGUUGCUUGGAAUCUUUGGAAGCGCUUUUUGCGCCACUCUUUCCCAUUACUACAGGGAAAUCAAACCUUUGGUUAAAGGCAUGACUGGAUUUGGAGGAAUCGACGAGAUGAUCGAGGGCAGAAAUGAUGACUUGAGCAAAGUUCACCCGAUCGACCCCGCAACAAUUCCUAAUUUUGUAUACGGCAUGGAAGGCCAUUUGCCAGAUACAACGCCGGAGCAUAUCUACAAGGACACCCAUCUGCAACUCAUGGAUGCUGGAAUGUCGAAUAACCUUCCUAUCUAUCCGCUUUUACGGCCAGGUCGUGAUGUUGACAUUUUGAUAGCCUUUGAUGCAUCCGCUGACAUCAAGACCGAGAAUUGGUUGUCAGUCGCAGAUGGGUAUGCGCGUCAGCGAGGUAUUAAGGGCUGGCCUCUUGGCGUUGGAUGGCCGAAAGAAUCAGUCUCCCCAGAAAGCGCAGUGAAAGAGUUAGAUGAUGCGGAAAACAGCACACAAGCUGAGUCAGAAGCCAAGAUAAAUGAAGCAAAAGAGGAGCAGAUAAAAGAUGCAACAGAGUCUAAAGAGCCCACUGACCUUGGAUAUUGCACUGUCUGGGUAGGCACAACGCAAGAAAGAUCGGCUUCCACUGACGAUGUCCCGUCGAAAGCCGUUCAAGAGGAUUGGGAAUUGAUGAAGCCAGAUGCUGGUAUCGCGGUUGUUUACUUCCCAUACAUGGCCAAUCCCAAAGUGGAGGGUGUGGAUCCAGUCACGAGCGAAUAUAUGAGCACCUGGAAUUUCAUAUACACGCCCGAAGACAUCGAUAAAGUGAUCGCUCUAGCGAGAGCAAACUAUGAAGAAGGACGUGAACAGACCAGACGCUGUGUCCGAGCCGUAUAUGAGCGGAAAAAGAAGAGGAGGCUUGAAGUUGAAAACGCCGCCAGAGAAGCGAGAUGGCGGAGGAAAGUUCGCUUGGGGAUCGUGGGCAAGAAGGGGGAGGGCGAUCAUUUCCACUUGACAUGA